CAAAGAAUCAGAUCCUAAAGGUCACGAAGGGUCAGCUAAGGACUUAACUGAGAGAGAAAAUAAAACAACACUCUUUAAAAAUUAUGAAGUCCCCCUGAAUAAACUGCAAACACAAAUCUUAUCAAUUCGGUUUAAUCCUCCUUAUCUAUGUAAAUUCCUGCUGUAUUUAACAAUCUCUUAAUUCGUCCCCGCCCCUCAAAAAUUAGCGUUUUGUACGAUUCUCACGUUUUAGGCUAGUAAAAGGGGUUACCUUAAUUUUAACUUAAUUUGUUUGCUUUAAUUUUAUUUUUUGUACCAGAUAUGCAUCCUUAAUAAAUAUGAAUGCGCUCGCGAGGCCUGCAACAUCCAAAAAGCAUCUUAACACUACAAAUAACAUUUAUCGUUUGAUGCACCAGAUAAUGCCAGUAAUCCCUAUAAGCGUUAUAAGCCACCACUGUAUCAAACCCUUUCAUGCCGCUCUUGAAAUUGAGUUUUAAGGCACAACCUUAGAGAUGCCAUCCCGAUUUCAUAUUAAUUCACUCCAACUGUUAGCACGCAGGGAGCUCUUCCCAGCUAUUUGUCCCUGAGGAGCCCAGGGUGCCCUUUUGAUCAUUUCAAUCUCUCUCUGGUACAAUAGUUCUGAUUGGCUGAACGAGUAAGAAAAGGGAAAAUCUUUAAUUAAGCACAUAAUCUCUUGUUGGGAUGAGAGGAGCUCCAUUUCAGAACCCCCCUGGCUCACACAUGAGACCCCCAGUCUCUAAAUUUUGGAUGUAGUUUAUAUAGAGCUCUUGCAGACUCCUCUGCUUUCCAAGGUGACGAAAAGUCUGCUGCCGGACUUCUCUCAGGAUGUUCAUGCAUUGGGAGGUUUAUUAUUACUCUUUCAUUUUGAUGGCGCACAUGAAGUCUUGCUGUAGUUGGUCAGUGAAUAAUUUCCUGAUGACUGGCCCAAAGGCUUACUUGAUCUACUCCAGCAGUGUGGCCGCUGGAGCUCAGAGUGGGAUCGAGGAGUGCAAGUAUCAGUUUGCGUGGGAUCGCUGGAACUGUCCAGAGAGGGCUCUUCAGCUCUCCACCCACAGUGGACUGAGAAGUGCAAACAGAGAGACUGCGUUUUUUCACGCUAUCAGCUCUGCUGGGGUUAUGUACACCCUAACCAGAAACUGCAGUCUCGGUGACUUUGACAACUGUGGGUGCGAUGAUACCCGGAACGGCCAACGAGGUGGGCAAGGGUGGCUUUGGGGAGGGUGCAGUGAUAACGUGGGAUUCGGAGAAGUGAUCUCUAAGCAGUUUGUGGACGCGUUGGAAACCGGACAGGAUGCGAGAGCGGCCAUGAACCUGCACAACAAUGAAGUGGGACGCAAGGCAGUAAAAGGAACCAUGCAGAGAACGUGCAAGUGCCAUGGAGUGUCUGGCAGCUGCACAACUCAGACUUGCUGGCUGCAGUUGCCAGAGUUUCGUGAGGUGGGCAACUAUCUAAAGGAGAAAUAUCACAGAGCUCUGAAGGUGGACCUGCUGCGCGGCGCAGGCAACAGCGCAGCCAGCCGUGGGGCGAUCGCGGAGACCUUCAGCUCAAUCUCACGUAAAGAGCUGGUGCAUUUGGAGGAUUCGCCCGACUACUGCUUGGAGAACCGGACCUUAGGCUUGGCAGGUACAGAAGGCCGUGAAUGCCUGAGGAAAGGGAAGAACCUGACCAAAUGGGAGAAGCGCAGCUGUAAGCGGCUGUGUUUGGAUUGCGGUCUGGCCGUAGAGGAGCGCAGGGCUGAGACCGUUUCUAGCUGCAACUGCAAGUUCCAUUGGUGUUGUGCCGUGAAAUGCGAGCAGUGCCGUAAAACUGUCACAAAGUACUACUGUGUCAAGAGGACCAAGCGAGUCAAGAACGAUAGCAGCGCCAGCCGCAGGAAAAGCUAUCGGUUAAAGAAGAAGCUUUAGAGUUUUUACUAGUUGUGUUUGUUUCACCCUUAGCUAAAAGAAACAUGUAAAGAAUGCUUUAAUGGAGGCCUAAGAUCUCUAGGAGAUCUUAUACUGUGAGCACAUAUUUUCAUCUGUAUCAUUUCAAUUGCAGACGUGGCUUAAGUUGUAAAAUGCAUGUACAGUAAGAUACCACCAUAUAUCUUUCAAAAAUUUAAGAUAGCACUGAACAUCACAUCAAACAUUUAGGGCACAAAAAAACUCUUCAUUCAGAUUUUGGACAAACCUAAAACUUUUUUGCUGCCUAAAUCUUUAAGUUUAAUCAAAUUGGCUAAAAUGUAAUGUAAACCAUUUGAAAUUCGACUUUAUCAAAAUAUGUUUUAAGUAGUUAUAAGUACACUCAAGGUACAAGAAGGUACAAAACGUGUCACUUCAGGCGGUACCUUUUCAAAAAUACACUUUUGUACCUAAAAGGUGCAUACUGGUACCUCAAAGGUACCCAUCUGUACCAAAAUAGGACAUAUUACACUGAAAAAAAUAUUGAUUAUUUAAAUUUAAGGUAAUUUGGACAUGGAUGUAUUUUAUUUUAUAAUUUAUUGGUUGAUCAUACAAAGAGGGUUUGAAUUCGUUAUUGGUCCAAAAUACACACAUUUCUUUCCUUAUGUCUUGUCUGUUUAGCAUCCUGAUAGUUUUACCCUGAUGCUGUAUAUGAAAUGUAAAUAAGAGAAAGCACUUUGUAUAUUGUUAAUUUAUUGCACAGAUACUAGUGCUGUUUUUCUAUAUUAGUUUUUUUGUGUUGCCUUU